CUCCUUCUCCCUCCUGCAACACCACCACAACCUGCUGAUUUCUCACUAAGCCUCUGCUGCUCAUUCCCUCCUUCCCUUCCACUCCUCCUCUCCUCCUGUCAUCAACUGUUCUCUCGCACUCGCUCCUCAUAAUUUCAUUUCCCGUCAAUCACAUGCUCACCCCCAUUUUCUUCUCGGUCCGUUUUUUCUUUUUUCUUUUUUCUUUUUGUUCUUUUUCAACCUAUCAUUUCUCUCUGUCAGUGCUUUUCCCCAAUACUGUCAUUUUGCCGUAGACAUUCACUAAUUUCCACCACUUUCCCACCUUCUACUGAUGUGAGGAGACAUGAAGGUGAAGGAACGUGCAGACAGGCUGUCUCACACUAAGCUAUGGAAUGCUCCCUGCUCCCACCAUCACUAGUCUCCAAUCUUUGGACUGAGCUCCAAACGCUUAGUUAGCGGCUGUGCUUCUCCCCUCGAACUCUUUACAACCAGGGGACGAAGAUAAGGAGCGGGCUUACCAAAGUCCUCCGCUAAAAACGCACAGAGCACUUCUUUUUCUUUUUUACUAGAAUAUUUAAGCUAGUUUUUUUUUUUUGUUUGUUUUUCUCCUCUUGGAUUUUUUCUGGUGAAAUCAUAUCAAGAUGGAUAUGGAUCAGUAUCUGUGGAUGGUGAUCAUUGGCUUCAUCAUUGCCUUCGUCCUGGCCUUUUCGGUGGGCGCCAAUGAUGUGGCCAAUUCAUUCGGCACAGCGGUCGGGUCUGGCGUGGUCACACUGAAGCAGGCCUGUAUCCUGGCGUCCAUCUUUGAGACACUGGGCUCAAUGCUGCUGGGGGCCAAAGUGGGCGAGACGAUUCGGAAGGGCAUCAUAGAUGUCAGCCUGUACAACGACACGGUGCCCGUGCUCAUGGCGGGGGAGGUCAGCGCCAUGGUCGGGUCAGCAGUCUGGCAGCUGAUCGCCUCCUUCCUCAGGCUGCCCAUCUCUGGGACCCACUGCAUUGUUGGCGCCACCAUCGGUUUCUCCAUGGUGGCCAUCGGCACCAAGGGCGUGCAGUGGAUGCAGCUUGUCAAGAUUGUGUCAUCAUGGUUCAUCUCCCCCUUGCUGUCUGGACUCAUGUCUGGACUCCUCUUCAUUCUCAUCAGACACUUCAUCCUCAGCAAGGAUGACUCCGUCCCUAACGGCCUGCGAGCGCUGCCUCUCUUCUAUGCCACCACCAUCGGGAUCAACACAUUUUCCAUCAUGUACACUGGAGCCCCGUUGCUUGGGCUAGAGUUGCUACCGGUGUGGGCCAUCUUUCUCAUUACUUUAGCCGGGGCGCUGGUCUGCGCAGCGGUGGUGUGGUUCUUCGUGUGUCCUUGGAUGAGGAGGAAAAUAGCAAGUCGUCUAAAGAAGGAGCAGGCUCUGUCAAGGAUCUCUGAUGAGAGCCUGGACAAGAUACCUGAGGAGGAGGAGGAGAGUCCCGUCUUUAAGGAGCUCCCGGGGGCCAAGGGAACAGAUGAGGCCGUGUUGCCACUCACCGGGGGCAGCAGUGAACGGGGCACCCGAGACUCCAGCGGAGAGCUCACCAACCUGGCCAACGGAGGCACCGUCCUGCCAAACGGCCGGGUGUAUGGUCGGACCCACUCAAUGACCAACGGUUGCCUCAAGUCACCCAUCUCUAAUGGCAGCUUCAGCUUCGAUGGCCACAUGCGCAGCGAUGGCCAGGUGUACCACACAGUACACAAGGACUCAGGUCUCUAUAAAGACCUGCUUCACAAAAUCCACCUGGGCCGCAUGGAUGACAACGAGCGCUCGGGCUCCAACGCCGGCCCGGCUGACAACAAUUACCGCCUGCUGCGCCGCAACAACAGCUACACCUGCUACACAGCGGCGAUAUGCGGCAUGCCCGUCCAGCCGCUCAUACGCACAGAGUCUCGCGAGGACAGUGAAAAGCUGGUGGGCGAGGGAGGCGGCAGGAGCAACAGCGUGUCCUACUCCAAGAAGAGGGUACGCUACGAUAGCUACUCGUCGUACUGUAACGCCGUGGCCGAGGCUGAAAUUGAGGCGGAGGAGGGCGGGGUGGAGAUGAAGCUGGCCACAGAGCUGGAGGGGGUGGAGGAAGAAGGGGCUCCAGCACCUGUGCCUCUGGACGACUUGGCCGAGGAGGAUCAUGAGGAGAAGGACAAGCCUGAGGUGUUCCAGCUUUUCCACUUCCUGCAGAUCCUCACGGCCUGUUUCGGGUCCUUUGCCCACGGAGGCAACGAUGUCAGUAAUGCUAUCGGGCCUCUGGUGGCGCUGUGGAUGAUCUACGACCAGGGCGGUGUGAUGCAGGAUGCUGCCACUCCCAUUUGGCUGCUGUUCUACGGCGGCAUAGGCAUCUGCGCCGGCCUGUGGGUGUGGGGCCGUCGCGUCAUCCAGACCAUGGGGAAGGACCUGACUCCCAUCACCCCCUCAAGUGGAUUCACUAUUGAACUGGCUUCUGCACUCACAGUCGUGUUGGCUUCCAAUAUCGGAAUCCCUGUCAGUACCACACACUGCAAGGUGGGCUCUGUUGUGGCCGUGGGUUGGAUCCGCUCCAAGAAAGCAGUGGACUGGCGCCUCUUCAGGAACAUCUUCCUGGCGUGGUUCGUCACGGUUCCCGUGGCCGGCCUGUUCAGCGCGGCCGUCAUGGCCCUGUUCGUCUACGGCAUCCUGCCCUUCGUCUGAGGGCAUGUGGCUGGGAGGGAGAACAGAGGAGGAAAGAGAGAGUCAGAGAGAGAGAGAGAGGGGAAAACUUGGGUAAAAAUCAUAGCUCGAGUGUCGGGGUUCAGAUAAAAGAGAAGGAAAUGAAGAAGAGAGGAAAAGGGCAAGGGUGGCGGUGAAGAGAAGGAGAAGAGAAGGAGGGAGCUGCAGAGGUUUCACAGAUGGACUUGGUUGUACUGUGGAUGUGAGGAGGGUUGGUUCACAUGCUGCCUGGCUCCAUAGUCCAGAGAUCUUUUUUGACUCAUUUGAGUUUCUGAUCGGUUUUUAUUUAUUCUCUUUUUUGGGUGCAUAAGAAAGCGUGUAACCAACGUGUUCACCGUACCAUUCAAUCUGCUGUACAUAUGACAAUAAUAGUGAGAUUUCCAGUAACUUUUAACAAAAAUUAUGGUUGAUGGAGAAACAGUGGCAGCCAUUUUCUGUCUCUUCAUUUAAAAAAAAAAAAAUCACGACUAAAAAUGAUCAAAAAACAGUUAAUUCUGCACACCUAAACUGGCAAACAUGCUUGCAGUAAAACUAUAUCCUUCUGCCUGCAACCCCAGGUAGCAUAGUUGGUCAAAUUCUUCUUCUUCUUCUUCUUCUAAUUAUUAUUAUUAUAAUUAUUAUUAUUAUUAUUAUUAUUAUUCCAAGAUGCCAGAAAAAACCUGUACAUAUUGUUGUAUUGGAUUGAGUGUGAUUUGUUGUAUUGCAGCUUGCUUUAAAGUUAAAAAAAGAAGAAGAAAAGAUGUCCGUGUGGUCAACCAACCCAUCCAUCAUCUCACUCCUAUAACAUGCUAGCCAGGUACAACUGGGGCCAAAUGGAAAGGACGCCUCAGAGAGCGGUGGUGGGACUGUCUUUCUGCUUUUUUUAUUUUCCACAUGAUACCAUAGAAACCUGAUUUGCUAAAGAGUUGAUUUUUGUCAAAAGCUCCUGUAUGUUUUUAGAGAUGGAUCUCAUAUUUUUUAAUGAUGUAUUAUACUGUAAUUUGUACUGUAAAUAUUGUCCUUAAAGAGUUCGGGGGAGGGGUGGGGGAUCAUGGUUUGUAUUUAAUGUUGUAGGGGAGGCCUCUUCACCUCUUCAUGAUGUCAUAUUAUAUAGUGUAUUUCAUCCCAGAGGCUCACACACACACACACACACACACACACACAUGAACACACACUUGAAAGGCUGCUGUUCUUUUGGCGGUUGGCAGAAGUAUAUUGAUUGGAAAAUGGUAUUUGAAUUUAAAGUAACGAAUCAAACCUGUUUUCAAUAGAGAAAACUGGAGCUAUUUCAUUCAUUUUGAUUUUCAGAAAUCAUCAGAAAAUUCAACAGUAUUGACAGAAAGUCCUUUAGUGAAAAGAGGAGAGGUUUUCAGAUGGCGAUGUUUGAGGGAGGUCGCUCUUUUUGAGAGCAGCACCAUGCCAAAGCGAGCUGUGUUGUCGCCAUGUCAGCAUGCCAAGUUAAAGUAGAAUAAUGAGGUUUAGGUGCAGCAGAAGCCAAAAUACUAAAACUGAACAGAUACAAAUACACACUGAGAAGGGCCCGCAAGACAUUCACAUAUUUGCAUCUGUAUGCCUUUAUUUCCACACAUAGAGCUCAGCUACUGGAGUCAUUUCCUCAUAUUGAAGGCUCCCUGCCAAUGAUGGACCUCUACACUGUCCAUUUUCGAGUCAUUUCAGAUCUCCCGCCCUGUUCAUCAGUCAGAUUACAUAUCUUAUCUGUCUCAGUAGCCCUGAACCUCAGUCUCAUAACCCUCAUGAGUUGUCUCUCGGGAUGCCUCCGAAAGUUAAAGCCUUGUCUUGUCAGACAGCAACUAUGUGUCAUAUCAAACACUAAAAAGUCAAACUGUUGUAUUAUAAGUCAGCAGGUUAUACAGAAGUGGAAGGAAAGAGGGGGAUUCAACCCCAGCCACACUUGUAGCUCCUCAAAAUGGGCUGGUGGUGUUUGAAGUGUAGAAGCAUUUAGUCUAUUGAUCACCUAUGUUUUCAAUCUAAGUGCUAAAGGUUAGCUAUCAUAUCAUAGGGUCAAGUCGAGGGCUGAAUCGAAGCCUGGUCGGGGUCUUUAAGUCUGCUCAUGUCAUAAAAUAUCACAAGACUUUUGUCUUGGGAUCAUUAUGUUUGAAUGAGAUGGUAUCAGGGGGGAUAGUACUGAUCAUCACCAGCUUUUUAACAGGGUCAUCUGACCUGUAGAUGAACAAAGUCUAAAGCUUUUUUUUUUAUUUGAACAAACUCGAUGCCAGGUGUUGCAAGUUCUUUUUGUUCUUGUGGUGUGUUUCCUAAUUUCAUUUUUGUUUCUCAUGAACAAAUCUAUGCUUAAGUAGCCACUUGCCUUGUAACAUUGUGUUUUACUUUGUGCAGAUACAGUAAAAUAAUUAAGUACUGUGGUGUUUACAUCGUAACCAUAUUGUAGAGUAUCUGAAAAAAAAACUGUUGCCUAAUGAUGCCAAUGAAAGACAAACUAUUAACCAUGACUUUUUAAGUGCAAGUAAAAAAAUAUAACCAGAAGUGUCUAGAGAGAGAGAGAGAGCAAGAGCAAGUGUGCGCGCGAUGACCUGUUUUUUCGUUUUUGUUGUAGCAGUAGUGCUAAUCAUGAUCCCGUCACUUUACACUACUACUACAAAGCGUUAACACUACAUGUAUGGGUGCAAUUCAGUAAUGAAGAGAAUAACUAGAGAAAUUUCAUCAAGACUAUAUAUUUUUCUACCAUAUCUGAGUUUUAACCUGGGUGAGCUUCCAGACACUGUGGAGGACACACUGUGGGGUUGAUGGGGAAAUUGGUAAACAGGGACGAGUCCACAGUGAUAAUGAGAAAUGGUCUUGUUACAGGGGUGUCCCACCUUUGCUGGUGCCAUGUGCCAUUCUCCCUCUAUUCCCGGUGUGUUCUUCUAACAUGUAGAUUGACGUGUCGGUUGCCAGUAGAUCAGAUUUUUAAAUUACCAUUUUUAUUUUUGAAUUUUAAAUGAAAACACUUUGUAAUUUUGUUUCCCUGCUGCUUUGAUCAUGAGCUGUGAGAGCAGGACAGCAUCUUGCUAAAACCAGGACAACUGCUCAUCGAGGGCGAAAACCUAGAAGCAAAAUCUGUGUAGUUGAGAAACGUAAAUCUUAAAUUUAGCAACAGAAAAUUGGACUGUGAGAAUUGAAGUGUUUCCUUGUUUUGGCGGGUGACCACUCUUGAAGCUCAUACCCUUUUACUCUUCCAGGUUGUGUGUUACACAGCGGGGCUGCACGGAGCGGGUGUGUUCAAAUUCUAUUUAUCUUGUACAGUAAAGGUGCCUGGAGGUCGUUUAAACAAAAGUUCAUGAUGCACAAAAGGGCAAGCCUUGUUUCCUAAAAUAUCAAAGAAAUACAGCUUGUGGAAGAUCAGAUUUUUCCCCACUGUCUUUAAAGCGAGCCAAUUUAACAACUGACAACUAGGAGAUAAAACUAAAUGUGCUAAAGCAUUCUGUAACAGAAGCACAAGAACAAAAAACUAAAAGCUAAAACUAGCCACCACAUGCUACUGGUCAUACUAGACCAAGUAAAACUGUAUCAGCACAAACAUUGAGUGAACUGAACUGAGCAGGAGUGUGUUUUACUGCGUAAGAAUUAUCUGUUAGAGGACGAUUUUUGUUAUUUCUUCUUUCAGAAAUGACAUAGUCCUGCUUUCAUUGGCGAAUUAUCUUUGCUUGAACACAAACCCAGUCCGUGUCUCUUAAUCACCUGUCACUGUAAACUUGAAAUGGUGCAAAAUCUACCCCUGACUUCAUGGACAGAGUCAUCCAGCACAAAAAGCUAAUUUUCUCAAAAAGCUAUGGUUAACUUCUGUUACGCUAGCUUACUUCUUAAAUAAAUAGGCAUGUACUACUGUACUAGACACUAACAUUUGAGCAUCUUAUCUUACAGCAUUUACAGCAACCUAAUAAAACAGUUACUUUGUUAACGUUAAACAACUACAGCUCCUAUGAGUCUUAGCAAUAUGAGUGCAGUUAAAAGCUCGUGGUAGCAGCUGUUGAAUGCUAACAAAAUAACCUUUAUUUAGUGCUCAUCUGUUGAUGUCUAAAACAGAAGUGAAAACCAAUUCUUAGAACAUGGACAAAAAGCCACCAGUAUGUUUCAGCUGUUUAGAAAACUGAUGAAAGAAACUUUCUGUGGCAGGAUUCAUUGUGUGACUGAGGCUGGAAGUUUGUUGUUCUUGUGUGAGUUUAAAUAAACGAUGAAAUGAGACUCCACUUUCCUCCUGUUGAAUGAUGAGCUUUAUUUGCAAAUGGACUGAGGUCAGCCAGCACGCUCCAGGUAUCUGGUUUGUGCAUCAUCACUGUGCUCUGUCGGCCCCACUGUGUAACUCACACUGUCAUUUUUUUUUUGUUUUUCCAUGCAUCAUCAGUCCUGAUAGGCCAAAAGGGAUGCACUGCUCAAGAUGCGGAGGGAAAGUGAAAAUUGCCCUCUGGUGGCAGUGUUGCAUGUCUGUGACAGAAAUGUCUUGAACUCAACUGGGGCUACAGGGGAGAUAUUAAAGGCACCAAUGAUAUUUAGAUGUUAUUGCCCCUGGAAACAUAAUUGAAUAUACAUGGACACAAUGUUUUCAGGGCCUUUAAAUGAUUCAGAUCUUAUUGAAUCUAAUCAUCUCAUCAAUUAUAGACUUAACUGAACUCAACAAAAAUUUCUCUCAAUACAUUUUUAAUUUGUGUCCCCAAAGCCACUAGUCAUUAUAACUCUGCAGGUUUGAAUUUGCAAUCUUAUUUAUUUUUUAUUUUUUAAACUUGCUAAGGUAUGAACGCAGCCACUAGAUGGAGUAGUCGGACACUUUCCCUCCCCAUAGAGAGGGACAGCAUUUUAGACCAGUCCAUUUCAACAGAUCAGUAUAAAUCAAUCAGUGGUGUGGUGUGAUUGCCAUUGAGGGAGUUACUGUGCUUCUUCUGCAUUAUAACUGUUUUGUAACAUUUUUUUGUAGGGAAAAAACUAGAGAAACAGAAUGUGCCAUUUCUUUCUCCCUGAAUGUGCAAUACAAGCUGUUUCUUGUGAAGGUGCAACUACAUUGCUGUCACUCUGUGGUCGUGUAGCUCCACCUGCUCCGGUGUUAUAAUGCCCUCUCCUGUGUGUGUGGGACUAGCACCACCUCACAGAGGUAGAGGGGCAUCAGUUCAGACCUUCAUCUGGAUGUGGCGUGCUGUCUCUAGUUUUCUGGUCUGUUUUGUAAUAGAAUGUGCUCCUUGGCUGGCCUGCAGGCUUUACAGCUCUGUGUUGUCUUUUUACUGUUUACUGCUAUUUAACUGUCCAGUCCUUCAAAAAGUAAAAGAAAAAUAAUAAUAAAUGAAUAAAAAAAUCAAAAGAAACUGUAGCCUGCUUCUACAAAAUCUUAAAGCUCUUCUGAUUUGCAUAUAUCGUACUGUAAUGUUUUAUUUAAGAGUUUAGUGAAAAAAAUGUCUGCAUUUAAACUAAAUUAUGGGAAUUAAAAUUACAAAGAAUACCUAA